CCAUUUCUACGGGAAAGGUCGAUAUCCAUAUGAAUCGUAUUUGUACGGCUAGUCCUCGUAGUUGCAUUGCAGCAAUUCCAUUUUCAAAUGGAAAAAGAAAAUGGACUUUUGUCAUCGUCAGCGUGUCUCCCUCGAUUCUCAAAGAGCUCAAACUUUAAUCCUCAAUUAAUUAGUUUGCUUAUCUUAUGCCUUCCCUCUCCAACAUUUUCCCAUCCUUAUCUUCCCCGUAGUGUACUCCUGUCCUCAAUUUUCUCCAUAACCGUUGUUUUUUCUUUUGCUUUUGCACCCAUUCAUUUGGAACAACACAUGGAAAUUGUGGUUGAUAUUUUGAUUGUGGGAGCUGGCAUCUGUGGUCUCACUACUGCACUCGGACUUCACAGAUUGGGUAUCCGAAGCUUGGUUUUGGAGUCCUCGGAUGAUUUGAGAGUUACUGGAUAUGCCUUGUCCAUAUGGACGAAUGGUUGGAAGGCGUUGGAUGCCGUUGGAAUUGGUGAUUCACUUAGGCAAAACCAUGACCAACUUGAUGGGGUUAUUACUACAUCAAUAAUUUCAGGGGAUAAAACAUCAGAGCUUUUGUUUUCAGCCCCAGAAGAAGGUGGAGUCCGCUGUGUGAGAAGAAAGUUUUUGCUGGAAUGUCUGGCCAAGGCACUUCCAAGUGGAACCAUCAAGUUCUCCUCCAAGGUGGUUGCCAUUGAGGAGUCUGGUUUGCUUAAACUUGUGCAUCUUGCUGAUGGAACCUCAAUCAAGACUAAAGUGCUAAUAGGAUGUGAUGGGGUUAAAUCAGUGGUGGCAAAAUGGCUAGGCUUCAAGGCACUAGCCUUCACAGGGAGAUGUGCUGUGAGAGGUUGUUUACAGCUUGAGUCCAACCAUAAUUUUGAACGAAAAGUGAGGCUAUAUGCCGGUGAGGGAGUUCGAGCUGGUAUCAUCCCUUGUGAUUAUAAGACUCUUUAUUGGUUUUUUUCUUGGACCCCUUCAGCUGACGUGAAGGAAAUGAAAAGGAAUCCAGUAAAACUGAAACAACUUUUGUUGAGCAUGCUUGGAGAGAUACCUGAGGCAGCAAGGGCUGUGAUAGAAGAAACUGAUGUGAGUUGUUUUCAUCCAGUAGCGUUGCAAUACAGAUCUCCAUGGGAGCUCAUGUUGGGCAACAUUGUGAAAGGCAAUGUGUGUGUGGCUGGUGAUGCAUUGCACCCAAUGACUCCAGACUUAGGCCAAGGUGGGUGUGCUGCUUUGGAAGAUGCGGUAAUUUUAGCCAGAUGUGUUGCAGAAGCCCUGCUGAAGAAACCGAGCAGCCAGGAGGGAGAGAAGGCAGAAAGAGAGCAGCAAAAGCAGGUUGAGAUGGGGCUGAAGAAGUAUGCCGCAGAGAGGAAAUGGAGAAGCAUUGAGUUGAUCGGCACAGCUUAUAUGGUGGGUAAGAUACAACAGAGCAGUGGGGUGUUUGCUAAGUUUAUUAGGGAUAAAAUUUUGUCUAAGUUUCUGGCUGGACUCUUACUUAAAAAUGCAAAAUUUGACUGUGGGAAACUGACCCCUUCUUUGUAAGGUAACCACUCUCGUUGUCACUGCUUUUAUUUUGGGAAAAAAUUUAGUGUGUUGAUAGGUUAGAAUAAUGGCAAGCGCUGAAGUUUGCUGGUGUGCAAAUAUAUAGAAAGAAAGAUAGCAACCUCGUUGAUCAUCUUUGUUGUAAGAUAGUUGUCGUUUGUAAAUUUUUUAAUAAAACAAUGGCUGGUGAAGCUCUUGCUUGUGAGGAGAUUUUGAUGAAAAAAUUACACAAAUCUACUUGUCCUUUGGUUUAAAA